CUUCCAUUGGUAUAGACAUUUCAACACAGUCUUCGUGGAACUGCCUGCUUUACAAUGAGCUCAGUUUUAGCAUGUACUAAACGUUAUACAGGUGUAUACACAAAGCAAUACAAUCACGAAACGCAGUCAUUGGGUAUGACGUUACAUAAUGAUAUGAAAUGUCAGGCAGUUAACAUACCUACCGGAUUUACUAUCUGUAGCGUGUAAUAACGUGUGCGUGUGUGCCGAGGAGGAGGAUGUUGAGAACAUUUUGCAUCCUGGUUACGUGUCUGUUCUUUGUCAGUGGACAAGAAGCUGAUCCCUGCCUCCCUACGACGUACCGAGCUAUAGAUCACCCAUGGCGGUCUACGAGUAAUGUCGUCACCUCUAGUACUGCGCAGUGUGAUUCUAGCUUAGUGGUGAAAUGGUACCGUUCCACUUCCGGUGCCGGUGGAACCAUGCCAGCAACUCGUCCUGAUUUAAAUGCAUGCGGCACAGUGUAUCCUUUAUGGAUGGACGACGAGCUGCCAAAUGCUGGGGAGACAGCAGAAAUAAAGAUGUGUAUACGUACUCCGUUUACGUCGUGCCAAGAUACCUGGAAUAUACGGGUGAAAAACUGCAAUACGUUUUAUGUUUACGAAUUGCAGCAGGCACCAACGUGUCCAUCAGCUUAUUGUUUCGGCGACAAAGCCCCGUGUCCUGAUGGUCAGACAUCAGACACCGGUUUCACGCCUUGUACAGAAAUUUCGGUGAAUAUCUCUGGGAUAAACUUAUCACCUAACAGAACGGCUGAUCUCGUAGACACGACAAUAACCUACGAAUUAGGACUCGCAAUCGCAAAAGUGAUAGAAUUCCAAUGUAACAUUGACGUGACUAGGACCUAACGACGUUUUGGUUUGAUGUGCAGUGGAUGAUUAACGACAAUGUUGUGGAAACAUAUGCUUACGUGUCUUACUCGGCUUACCAGGACACCGCGUUACAGGAGACAAGCUGGACGGAAACAUACAGACUGGGAUUUCUGGUGAAAUGUGCAGUACGAUUACGCGCGACUUUGGAUAGUGGACCAGGCUCUUACACUUACAGUGAGCCAUUCUACGCCGGAAUACAGACGGAUUCCUCCGAGUAUACUGUGACGGAGACCGGUACCAUUGAGGUCACUGCUUGGCUAACUGUACCUCUAGGGUGUUCGUACCUAGCCUCUAGCACUCCUGAUGAAAUUAACUCUAUGGAAGAAAAUCAAUGCAACUUACACUUGAAAGUGAGAACACCUGAUUACUACGCAAACGGACAACUCACGUGCACCCCCGGUGGUGUGACAGACGAACCAAUUUCUUUCGAAACCACAAAGCUAUGUGGAUUGACGUUUCUAUUCCUUGAACAAAAUGUGACUAAAACCUUCACAAUUUUUGGAUCCGGCGACAAAUUAGCGAAUCUGAAUGCUAGAUCAAUUUUUAUUCGUAUGACAACAGACAUACAGUUUACACAUCAUGCAUGGAGCUCAGCAUCAAGUCCCGACAUUCACGUUGUGGUGACAGAUCAAGAUAUUGACCUCGAGGACAAAUUUUGUGCUGUCAGAACUGACCCAAAUAUGUGGACAUUCGACAAAGGAUAUUGGUUUUACCAGCAGAGUGGAGAACACGUGCUGUACAAACAUGAUAUACUUCCUAUCAGAGUUCAUACAGUUUUUGACAGCUGUGUAUGGGGCGGGGCGUGUGUUUACGGAGUAGCAGUACGGAAUGGGGAUGCCCUGUUUGUCGUGAAUCUAUGUCGCAGUACUGUUGGAACGCCUUGGACAAGUAGUACAACUAACACGAACCAUUACAUAGAACAGAGGGCGUGCGACAACACCCACAUGACAGUGGAGACAAAAGGCUCUGAUUUCUAUAUGGUAACUCUAUCCUCUGGCACGGUGGUGACGAUUUCAAUCCGAAUAGAUUCCAAUAGUCAGUACACGUAUGUACGGUAUGUACAGGUGAAACCCUCACUGAUUGACUGGGGAGCGUCCGAAGGUCUGUGUGGUGUUCUAGAUGGAAACAUUGCCAACGACAUGCAGAAGAGAGAUGGUUCAAUAGCAACGUCAUGGAGCGAAUUCGGCAUUGACUGGAGACUGGACCCGGCCGCUGAUGGAAACUCGCUGUUUGAUGUUGGUGUACCCCUAUCUGACUUCCCGAUCCCUCCUUUACAAUACUGUCGAUGUCGAGCUAAUGCAACGAAUUGGGCUCGACUUAGUGAUCAAGUGAUAUGUGAUCUCGACUCCACGAUCACGUCAUGCGCAAGGGUCACAGACACGUCAAGUUACUUCACACAGUGUGACAAGGCACCUGUUAAACGGAAAAAGGACACAUACUCUAGUACACAUGGUGAACCGACUAAAUUUGGUGUCGUUUUGGACGAAAACUACGUCACCAUACCAGAAGUAUAUGCAUGGCGAAAUGGCUGGUCUGAAACACUAGCCGAGGAAGCCUGUCGACUGGCAUUCAAUGGGGACUCCUUGCUUACUAAAUGUAAAGAUAUUGUUCCCAAGAUGUCAGAAAAUAUCGAGACUAGUGAAGAAGAAUGCGUGAAUGACAUUUUGGUUUCAGCAAACACUAACUUCAUGAAAGAUACUGUUGAAGCUCUGAAGACCACAUGCAUUGUUGAGGCAAUGCGUUCUGAAAACCUCACAACCAAAGGAUCAGGCAGCGAGCCAGGAAUGACCUUUCUAGACGAACUCUUAGAGCUUAGCUGUCCGAACAACUGUUCUGGAAAUGGGAAUUGCAUCAACGGAACGUGUGCCUGCAGCUCUGGCCUGUAUGGUGACGAGUGUUCCCUACAGAAGACAACGCCUCCUGUUGUAAGACAAGCAGGAACUAACGGGCUAUGCAAAACGGACGUGUCGACAUGUAGGAGCUUCGUUAUCCCCGGUUUAAACUUCAUAGACAGCCAGCUAACGUGUAAAGUUAGAUAUAUCAAGGUGUAUUCUGAUCGCUGGGAAAGCCAGUCAGCAACUGAGAACUUUCCUGCUAUUUACCUCAACAGUAUUAACUGCGUCUGCAUCAUACCUGUGAUAGAAAGAAAGAAAAGAUCGGUUCAAUCUGAAACAAUAUUUGCGGAAGGCUUUCUCCUGAGUGUCUCAAAUGAUGGCGUCAGUUUUAGCAAUGAGACUACGUUCAUCACAUAUGAUUCUACCUGCUAUGAAUGCAAUUCCACAAGCGUUUCGUGUACAGAACUGAGUUCCUGUUCCAAUUCCAAAACCAUGGAUUACAACGACAAAGACAAUGUUGACACGAAAGAUGUGCUUUCACAAGUUUUAAUUGGUGUCGGAAUAUUCAUCGUCAUUGCACUAUCAGUUGCCAUCGUUAUCAUUUGCUUCAAAAAGAAACAGCAAAGAGCUCAAAUAGCCGAUUCAAGUACCAAUGUCAGACAGGGGCCAGAGAGAGUACGUUAUUCCACCAAUCACUAUGUAGACCAGCGAUGUGGUACCCCAGAUACUGUAAAUACAAAGGAGAUCAUAUUAAAGGAUGUUUGGUUUGACGACAAACUACCAGAAAAUCCAUUUAACUGAUGACGUAUAUAUAUGUUAUCGCCAUGUACGUGUUAACACGUGGUGAAUACUGUACAGUAUAAUUAGAACCAUACGUCAUUAACCGUCUAGGUGUCUGCAAUGUUAGAAUAUUUUCUUUCCGUAGGAAGUGAUAUUGAAUUAUCCUCCCUGUCGAAGUCAAAAAGUUAUUUGAAUACAAUAUCAUUAUCUUAUCAGGACUUCAGCUAGGACCGGUCUAAUGAAGUGUAUGAUCCAUAACAUGAACUUCUCCGCCUAUUAUUACUCGAAGAACUUUAAAUUCUGUAACACGUGGUCAUAGGCUCUCGCUUAAUGGCUGUAACGGAAAGGAUUGAACUAUUUCUUUCCUCGUCUAGUGUCACAAAAUAUAGAAAUGUUUUUGUCCUUUAGAUUUUGCUUUAAGUUUUUGUUUUGAAUUAAAUGUUUUGAUUUGAAAAAUAUCUAAUUUUACAUUGGAAUUAUUUCAAGUGCUUUUACGAGUAUAUUUCUGUCAUUGACUGCAAUGUGUUUUGAGUAUAUUCUCUGAUAUUAACAAAUAAAGUUUGGAACACAUACGUAACCUAACGUAUCUGAAUUGAUUUAACAAGUAAGCAAUACGCAUAUAUGACUAAAUAAACUAAAUAAGAAUGUAUCAGUAGAUUUUCUAGCCGUACGAUAACAUGUCACACACAUUAACCGUGUAAGCUAAAUAGUUAUUACCUAACCCAAACAGUUGAUAGGUGUUAACCAUCCAGUUGGUGUGUAAACUUAGCAGAGGAUUUGUUAACAAAACAGCGGAUAUGUAAACUACACAGUAGAUAUGUCUACUAAGCAGUAAAAUGUACACUAAACAGUGGAUAUGGAAACAACACAGUAGAUAUGUUUACUAAGCAGUAAAUAUGUACACUAAACAGUGGAUAU